AACUUCACUUUCAUUUCUCAUUCCUCUCCAGUGGGGGAGCUCCUCUGUGGAAGGUUGUCUCUGGCUUGGUGUGUAAAUACUGACCAGACUUACACCUGAUCUCCACUGAAUUAAGACUCCUGUACAUCUACUGAAACCUUGCAGCAGUUGGUGAGCAGGAAGAGCCUCUGGAGUCAGGACAGGAAGAAGCCAGGGGAGCAUGGCAAUGGAUUCUUCACAAGUGAACAUAAAGGAGGAGUUGAUCUGCCCCAUCUGCAUGGAUCUCCUAAUAGGACCCCUGAGCCUGGACUGUGGACACAGCUUCUGCCAAGCCUGCAUCACUGCCAACAAGUCACUGAGCAACCUGGAAGGGGAAAGCCGCUGUCCUGUGUGCCAGAGAACAUAUUAUCCAUGGACCCUCCGGCCUAACCGGCAGCUGGCCAACAUAGUAGAGAAAUUCAGGGAAGUCAACGUGAGGUCACACCAGUGGCAGACGAGAAAUGUCUGUGAACGCCAUGGGGAAAACUGCCGCAACUUCUGUAAGGAGGAUGGGAAGGCUAUUUGCAGUCGUUGUGUCCAGGAGCACCAAGGUCACCAAAUAUCCCCCAUGGAGGAGGUGGUCAAGGAAUGUCAGGGGAAGCUCCAGGAAGCUCUGAAGAAGCUGACGCAGGAGCAGCAGGAAGCUGAGGAGUUAGAAGCUGCUAUCAGUGAAGAGAGGGAUACCUGGAAGAAUCACAUGCAGAUGGAGAGAGAGAGGAUUCUGAAAGGGUUUGAGGAAAUGAGAGGCAUCCUGGACAGAGAGGAGCGAAAGGAGCUAUACAGCCUGGAGGAAGAUGAAGUGAAUGUGCUGAUGAACUUGGCAACGGCUAGAGACGAGGUGGUCCAGCAGAGGCAAUACAUGCGAGAGCUCAUCUCAGAUCUUCAGCGCCAUAUGUGUGAAUCCUCAGUAGACAUGCUGCAGGAUGUGAUUAACGUCAUAAGAAGGAGUGAGAUCUGGGCUUUCAAGAAGCCAAAAGUCGUUCCAAGAAAACUAAAGACUGCAUUCCAAGUUCCAGAUCUGAGUGGGAUGUUGCAGACGUUUAAAGAGCUGACAGAAGUCCAAAGCCACUGGGUGGACUUGAUGCUGAAUCCACUCUAUGCUCUUUCGAAUGUUGUCGUUUCUGCGGAUAAGAGACAAGUGACAGUUGGGAACCGUUUUAUGUUUCAGAGUGCAUAUCCAUGUAAUUUUUCUGCUUUUGAUGUCUUGGGAAACCAGAAUUUUUCCUCAGGGAAAUAUUACUGGGAAGUUGAUGUGUCUGGGAAGAUUGCCUGGGUCCUGGGAGUAUACAGUAACACAAGUAUCCUCAAUAGCAAAAAAAGCUCUGGGUUUUUUCUUAACCCAAAUGUAAAUUAUCUAAAUGUUUACUCCAGAUUCCGACCUGCAAAUGGCUACUGGGUGGUAGGGUUACAGAACGGAUGUGAGUACAGUGCCUUUGAGGACUCUUCCACCUCUGAUCCCAAGGUCUUGACUCUUUCCAUGGCUGUUCCUCCCUGUCGAGUGGGGGUUUUCCUCGACUAUGAAGCAGGCACUGUCUCAUUUUUUAAUGUCACAAACCAUGGGUCGAUCAUCUAUAAGUUCUCUAAAUGUCGCUUUUCUCAGACGGCUUAUCCGUAUUUCAAUCCCUGGAACUGUCCAGCUCCCAUGACUCUGUGCCCACCAAGCUCCUGAACCUUCUCCUUCCCUCACCCACUUCUGUGUAGCUGCCCAUGUCCUGGGUUCAUCUUCUGCACCUGAGCUCACUGCUCUGUUCACACCAUUUCUUCCUUGCUGUCUUCUUUUUUAGAACAUUUAUUGGGUUAGAAAAAGAAAAACCUUAUUUACUAAUUUACCUUUUCUGUAUUCUCAGUGAAAGACAUCUAAUCCCUUCUAAAGACAGAGAAGUAUUGGUAUAACAAGUCUGCCUUCACAUUUCUCUAUAUUCUUCUUUACCUUAGGACAAUGCAUAAUCCUGCCACCCACCACCCCCAACUAAGGAGCGUAUGAGUGUAUGUCUGUUUGUUACCCAACAUACAGUAGGUUAUUCAGAUAGUUUAGGGAGAAAAAAAGUAAAAUAUAAAAACUUUUAUUUAGAGUGUUUGAGUUAAAAUUCUGUAUCUUCUUUUACAUGGCAUGUAACAAUAAAUAAAAUUUUGUUUCUUUUUAUGAGACACAAAUUAUGAUAUUAAUUUGUACCCAACUCUUAAGAUUUUGUGUAAAAUUGCCACUCAAUGUAAAGGGUCCUGUACAGCAUAAUAAAUAUUU